GCGGCCACCGGAGGGCACUACGUUCCCGGUGCGGGAAGGGACCCGCCACCCGCGGACCCCCACUCGGGGACAGCGAUGCGGUGCGCCCCAAGAUCCCGAUAGCCUUAUAUCUGCGGCGGUGAUGGAUGAGCCGUGGUGGGAAGGGCGCGUCGCCUCGGACGUCCACUGCACUCUGCGCGAGAAGGAACUGAAGCUGCCCACCUUCCGUGCCCACUCCCCGCUCCUGAAGAGCCGGCGGUUCUUUGUAGACAUUCUGACCCUGCUAAGCAGACACUGCCAUCUCUGCCCCUCGGCCCGGCACCUGGCCAUCUACCUUUUGGACCACUUUAUGGACCAGUACAACGUCACCACCUCCAAGCAGCUGUACACUGUGGCUGUCUCCUGCCUCCUGCUGGCAAGUAAAUUUGAGGACAGAGAAGACCGCGUGCCCAAAUUGGAUCAGAUAAACAGUACAAGGAUCCUGAGCAGCCAAAACUUCUCCCUCACCAAGAAGGAGCUGCUCACCACAGAACUUCUGCUCCUGGAGGCUUUCAGCUGGGACCUUUGCCUGCCCACGCCCGCCCACUUUCUGGACUACUACCUCUUGGCCUCCAUCAGCCAGAAGGACCACCACUGCCACACCUGGCCCACCACCUGCCUCCGAAAGACCAAAGAGUGCCUCAAGGAGUACGCCCACUACUUCCUGGAAGUUACCCUACAAGAUCAUAUAUUUUACAAAUUCCAGCCUUCUGUGGUUGCUGCAGCCUGUGUUGGGGCCUCCAGGAUCUGCCUUCAGCUUUCUCCCUACUGGACGAGAGACUUGCAGAGGGUCUCAAGCUACUCCCUGGAGCAUCUCAGCACGUGCAUCGAAAUCCUGCUGGUAGCAUAUGACAAUGUCCUCAAGGAUGCCGUUGCAGUCAAGAGCCAGGCACUGGCCAUGGUGCCCAGCUCAUCAUCAGCUCCCACCCAAGUGCUGUUCCAACCACCCACCUACCCUUCUCUCAGCCAGCCACCGCCAACCACACUAGCCCAGUUCCAGAGUCCAGCGCAGGACUUGUGCUUGGCAUAUCGGGACUCGUUGCAGGCCCACCGCUCAGGGACCCUGCUCUCAGGAGACACUGGUCCAUCCCUCCACACGCCAUACCCAACCCUUCAGCCCUUGGAUAUGUGUCCUGUGCCCGUCCCUGCAUCCCUGAGCAUGCAGAUGGCCAUAGCAGCUGAACCCAGGCACUGCCUUACCGCCGCCUACGGAAGCAGCUACUUCAGUGGGAGCCAUAUGUUCCCCACAGGCUGUUUUGACAGCUAGGCCACAAUUGGACCACAGGGAGAAUCCUGGAAGACCCAGACAAAGGAAGUAAAUACCUAAGAGGAGAACUAAUCCAGGUGAGGCAAAGAACCUGGUAUCUUUCAAUAGAGAGGGUCUGUGCUUUUUUUUAAAAAAGAAGAAACCAACAAAACAAAACAUCCAGGGACAUAUCUCACCCAACAGGGUCUCUCUGGGAAACCUCUUUCUUGUGUGCCUGGAAGACAAAGACAUGGCUCUGUGACCAUUCCCUUGAGCUGGGGGAUCCAAUGGAGCGUAUCAGACUGGAAUUUGAGGACUGCAUACAGAUCAGUACUACAUCCGGGCUUCUCAAAGACUACUUUUCACAGCUAUGCCACUGAAAAAGAAGGGGCACCUGGCAUGUUUGUCUAUGUCCCUAGAAGAUCCAAUCCUGAGUGUUCUUCUCUCCCUAGCUCUGCUCCAUGGGCCCCAUGGCCAGUGUUCAUGCCAAGCACUGACCCCACGGGGCCCAGUGAGCAGCUAUCUUGCCCUCUGUAUUUGAAUCCCUAAUCUUUUCAUUCUUCUAGAUAUUCCACAUGCUGCUGCUUCCUGGAACAAUCUAGCUUUCUAUCCUGCAAAAAAUCAUCUUGUUUACAUACCGUGUCAGGGAUUUUUGUGAUACUUGAAAAUUCUGUAGGAGCAAAAAAGUUUUAAUUGCCUCACUGUCUGUCCCACACGAGGCUGUAUCUUUUAUUAACCCAACUCGGGACCAACUGGUGGAUAACAACAGCGAGGGUGAGGAUGCCACCCCUCCCCGUCUGGAAGAGUCCACCCCUCGGAUGCUAGUGUUCUCCUAUUGGACUUGGAUUACUGCCCCCUGGUGGGGGAAUGUUGUUGAGAGGAAGACAAAGGUUUGAACUGGUCCUCACUUCAUGCUCAUAGUUCUUAAACCGAUCCCAGCUCUGAGUUUGGCCGAUAAUUAAUCAUGCUGUGGACUGUUAGAAAAGUGGGGGGACUAAUGAGGUAUGUGACACCAGCAUGGACAGGCAAGAGACUGCUGGAGCAAAAGCCCAUGUCUGGGAUCUGCAGUGCAAGGGCUCAGGAACACCGUCACCGUGUGCAAUAUGUUAUGAUUGUGACUCACAGCCUGUGCUUAAGAUGUUCUUGUGCUUGGGAUUUUUUUUUGUUGUUAUUGCUGUUGUUGUUUUCUGGUCAAGGGACUUGCUGUUCACCCAUCAGAAUUGGAAGGGAGGUGCAAAAGACCACAGAAACAAAAAUCGUAAUUUUGUUUCAGUUGGUUUUGUUUUCUUUUAUUUUGCCCCGAGAUUUUUUUUU